AUGACGGUACCUUGGGAACUAUACCGAGAGAUCCAUAAGUUAGAUUUAGAAAUUGUUCAUCAGUAUCAAGUUGUUGAGUAUUUGGGAGAAAUGACUAUACAACCAACUUUGUUCGAAAGAAUUAUAGAAGCACAAGAAGAAGAUCCCGGGAUAAUCGAGUUAAUCAUUCUAGUUCAAAGAAAAGAGACAGAAGCUUUCGAAGUGAGUGACAAAGGUGCACUAAGAAUGAACGGGAGAUUGUGUAUACCAGACAACACAAAGUUGAAAGAAGAGAUUUUGAAAGAAGGACACCAAGGAAUGUUUCACUUACACCCUGGUAGAGGUAAGAUGAUUGAAGAUUUAAGAAAACUAUUUUGGUGGAAAGUUGGAUUACCAAGAACGCAACAAGGGAAUGACACAAUUUGGGUAAUAGUUGAUAGAUUGACCAAUCUUGCAAGAUUCCUGCGAAUGAAGGGAACAUGGUCGGUAAAAAAAUUGGCUGAAGCUUAUGUUCGAGAAAUUUUAAGAUUACAUGGAGUAACGAGAACCAUUGUGUCUGACAGAGACCCAAAAUUUUUGUCACGAUUUUGGGAAAAUUUGAAAGAAGCAUUCGGAUCUAAACUAUGUUUAAGUACCGCAUUUCAUCCGAUUCUUCAUACAACAACAACUAUCAAACCAACAUCAAGAUGGCAUCCAAACGAAGCCUUAUAUGGGAGAAAAUGUCGAGUGCCGUUGUGUUGGGAUCAGAUGGACCGAAAUGUGCCUGAAGGACCAGAUCUUAUCCAAGACUCUAUUGAGCUUGAGGGUAGUGCAAGAGAACAUGAAGGCAACACAAAGUAG